AUGGAACACCCUAAAAGUCCUUCUAGUAUGCCAAAGUGUUCCUAUUCUGUCAAAAGCAAAAUUGUCAAUAACUUAAAUCCAACAUGCCAUUCUGGCAAACAAUUAACUCUCAAGGGGAAGUUAUUGAUCACCCAAAAUCAAAGGAAACCAAUACCUGGAAAAUUAGUUUCUAUUCAGAUAUAUAGUGGAACAGAAGUGGAUCCUUAUACAGGUAAAGGGAAGUUGAGUGAGAAAGCAUAUUUGAAGGAGGGUGGGAGCAAGAAACAUGAACAUGAUACACAAACCAUGAUAUAUAAAAUUAAAAUACAUGUUGACUCACAUUUUGGAACUCCAAGAGCUUUUGUGAUUCGAAACCAAUAUAAGAAGAAAUUCUUUCUUCAAUCUGCAUCUACUGAGACUUCUAACAAUUGCAUCAUUCACUUUGAUUGCAAUUCUUGGAUAUUUCCAAUCAAGAAGACUAGAGCAGAUCGACUCUUCUUCUCAAAUACUUGCUAUCUUCCAAGUCAGACACCUAGAGCUCUAGUGGAACUAAGAAAGGAAGAGCUUGAUAGAUUGAGGGGUAAUGGAAUUGGAGAAAGGAAGAAAUGGGAUAGAAUCUAUGAUUAUGACUGCUAUAAUGACCUUGGUGAUCCUGACAAAGGUCCAGAGCAUCUUAGACCUAUCCUUGGUGGUUCAAGGUUAUAUCCAUAUCCUCGUAGAGGGAGAACAGGUCGAAAACAUAGUACAUCAGGUCAAUCUACUGAGGGAAGGCCACAAGCAAUGAAUUUUGACAUAUAUGUUCCUUCAGAUGAGAGAUUUAGCCCCAAUAAAUUGAAGGAUCACAAAUCAAAUUGUAUCCACGCCAUGGCACAUUUUCAAUCACCAAAGGAAGAAUCAUUACCUCAACGAAGUUCUAGCAGCUUUCAAUCAUUUGAAGAAAUACUUGACAUGUUCUCUAGCAAUAAAAACCAAACUAUAGAAGCAUGGAUCAUUGACAAGUUAAAGAAAAUGGUACCAGUUGAGCACUUAAAGGAAAUAACUCAUGCAAUCAAGGAAAACCGUCAAAAAUUUCCUAUCCCUCAAAUCAUAUCUGAAAAUGAAUGGGCUUGGGAAGAUGAUAUGGAGUUUGGAAGACAAAUGCUUGCAGGAACUCACCCUGUUAGAAUCAAGUGCUUGACGACAUUCCCACCUGCAAACAAGUUCGGAGUAAAGAGUUCAAUAAGAAGAUCAAUCAUAGAACAGAAGCUUGAAGGAUGGACAUUUCCUCAGGCAAUGGAACAGAGAAGAAUAUUCAUGCUGGACCACCAUGACUAUCUCAUUCCAUAUUUGAACAGAAUAAACACAAAUGGGGUUUGUGCUUAUGCAUCAAGGACACUACUAUUCUUAAGGAGUGAUGGCAUGCUUAAGCCAUUAGUAAUAGAACUUAGCUUGCCAGGCUCAUCUUUUAUACAUGAAAUUCAAAGAAUUUUUCUUCCAGCCAAACAAGGAAUACAAGCAGCAUUUUGGCAGCUAGCUAAAGCUCAUGUUUUAGCUAAUGAUGCUGUUUACCAUCAACUAAUUACUCAUUGGUUAUACACACAUGCAGUUGUUGAACCAUUUAUCAUUGCCACCAAAAGAAGGCUAAGUGUUAUGCAUCCAAUCCAUAGGAUAUUGAAUCCUCAUUUCAAAGACACAAUGCACAUAAAUGCCUUAGCAAGACUUAUCCUUAUAAACUCAGGAGGAAUCCAUGAGAGAAUAUUAUUUCCUGGUGAAGUAUGUAUGCAAAUAUCUUGUGAACUUUAUAAAGAGUGGAGGUUUGAUGAACAAGGACUUCCCGCUGAUCUACUCAAAAGGGGCAUGGCUGUAGAAGAUCCAGACAUAAAUAACCCCACUGGGAUUCAACUUCUUUUGCUGGAUUAUCCCUAUGCCACUGAUGGGCUUGAAAUAUGGGUUGCCAUAAAACAAUGGGUCAAGGACUAUUGCUCAUUCUUCUACACAAAUGAUGAUGCCAUCAAGAAUGAUAUUGAACUCCAAGCCUGGUGGUCAGAAAUUAGAACUCUUGGACAUGGUGACAAGCACAGUGACAUAGGGUGGUAUCAAAUGACAACACUCUCAAACCUUGUAGACGCAUUAACAACUCUCAUAUGGAUUUCUUCAGCCAAACAUGCAUGUCUAAACUAUGGCCAAUAUGCAUACAAUGGUUACCCUCCAAAUCUUCCCACACUAUGCAGGAAGUUCAUUCCAAAAGAAGGAACAAUUGAAUUUGGUGAGUUCCUCAAGGACCCAGAUAAGUUUUUCAUCAAGAUGUUACCUGAAAGGUUUGAGAUGAGUCUUGCUUUGGCAUUGGAAGAUUUCCUCUCAUCACACCACACUUGUGAUGAAGUUUACUUGGGUUGCAAGUCAUCAUCACCUGGGUGGAUAGACAAUGAAUUGAUUCAAAACAGAUUUGCUGAGUUCAAAGAAGAACUAAGGGAGAUUGAAGAAAGGAUCAUGCAAAGAAAUAGAGAUCCCAAGCUUAAGAAUAGAAAUGGCCCUUCAAAAAUUGAUUACACUCUUUUGUACCCUGAGAUGUCUAGUUUUGGGUCAAGAAGAGGACCUAAUAGCAUAUCAGUUUAA